GUCACCAUCUAUGGCCAGUAUCCAUCUAUGGCCAGUUUAGUUUUAAACAUUAUUUAUUAGCAGUAUUUUGUAUUCCACAGUUAUAAUCUUGUGGUUGAAUAUUAAGUUGGAUACACUGAUUCAUUACACAUUCAAUCUUAUCAUUUUACGGGUUUUUUUUUUUUUUUUAAUCACAAAUUCAUAAUGUUGAUAUUAUUAUUUGUUGUUUCUUAGCAACAUUGUUAAGAAAAUGUAAAUUUUGUUUUAUUUUUUUUGUGAAGAAUAUUUUAUAAUUUGUUGGUGUUGACUACACAAUCAGUACAUUUAAAAUGGCUUCAAAACCAACUACAUCAAAAAAAAGAGUAACACACCAAAAAGAUGUAUAUAUUCUCCAUCCAAAGUUCAGCAAGCAUUGGAUGCAAUUCACAAAGGUAGAUUGUUGUAGACAUUGAUUACAUAAAUAAAGUAAAAAUAAUUUUGCUUAGGAAUGAAUACAUCAACAGCAAGCAGGAUAUUUAAUGUACCCCGCACUACACUCAGGAACAAGCUUGAAGGCAAGUCGCCAGUUGAAUCUGUAGGACACGGUGGAGUAACAUCCAUACUUGGAGAUGAAACUGAAGCUUUAUUAGUAGAAUGGGUGCUAACUUGUGCCAAAAUGGGGUUUCCUGUAGAUCGGGAGGGGCUGUUAAGUUCAGUUAAGAAACUAGUGGAUGAAUCAGAAAUGAAAACUCCAUUUAUAAAUAAUAGACCAGGUAAAAAAUGGUUUUAUGGAUUUAUGAACCGCCACAAGUGUUUGUCCCAAAAACAUGCUGAAUAUGUAAACAAAGCAAGGGGAUCAGUGACCGAGGAAAAAAUAAGAAAAUGGUUUGAUGAAGUUUCUGAGCUAUUGGGCGAAAAUUUGUAUGUGUUGAACUACCCAGAACGAGUAUUUAAUAUGGAUGAAACGUGUUUCUAUUUAGCUCCAAAAGGAGAACUUAUAUUAGGGCCUCGUGGAUGUAAUGUGUAUGAUGAACAGACAAACAACAAUAAAGAAAACAUAACAACACUUUUUGCAGCCAACGCUUUGGGUAAUUGGGCACCCCCUUUAACAAUUUAUAAGUAUGAACGCAUUCCAGCAAAGAUUGCACAGUCUGCUCCUCCAGGAUGGGGGUUAGGCAAGUCUGAAAAUGGUUGGAUGACUGCAGAAACUUUUUUUGAAUACAUGGCAAACAUAUUUCUUCCUCAUCUAAUACAGUCAAAUAUUUCUAGACCCGUUAUUAUAUUCUUAGAUGGUCACAGUUCGCAUCUUAGCUUACAUCUGAGUAAGUUUUGUAGGGAAAAUGGUCUGAUUUUAAUAGCUCUUUAUCCCAAUUCAACUCAUAUCCUACAACCACUAGAUGUAGCAGUAUUUGGACCACUCAAGUCAUCGUGGAAAAAAACUGUGAAGCAAUGGCGAAUCGACAAUGAUAGAGAAAUAAGCAAAUUUGAUAUGCCAACUGCAUUAUCUAACAUCAUGAAUACACCAAAUAUGUCGAAGAAUGUUCAAUCUGGUUUUAGAUCUACUGGUCUAUUACCAUUUAAUCCAAAUAAUGUAGAUUAUACCAAAGUUAUAAUACGUUCAGUCCCAACACAACAGAACACCUCAAAAAAUAAUGAAAUACAAUUGCAUUUGAAAUUCAUCGAAAAAAACACUGAUAGUAAUCUAUUAAAAGAAUUUAAGAGAGCCUAUAUAGGAGGAUGA